AAAGAGCAAAAUGGCUAGUGCUGUAGCAGAACAAGAAUUAUCAGAUGUAGAUUGGCUUGUAAUGAGAGCUCGCAGUUUUCCUAAAACUGAUCCAUAUUCAGCGAAAUCAUGGCUGAUCACUGCCAAAUCAUUGUUUCCCCAAUCCUUUGUCAUACAGUUUGAAUCAUAUCUAGUUGAAAAAACAGCUAAAAACGUGGAUGAAGCUGCUAGAUACCUUCAAGAUAUGCUGCAAAGUUUUCCUAACGAACCAAGAUUAUGGUCCGAAGUUCACAGUAUUCUAGAAUCUUUGCAGAAAGAAUCACAAGACCAAAAAGUUGCUUUUCUUAUAGAUCUGUUUGCUGCUAUUCCAACAUCUACACAAUGUGUGAUGCUGCUACGUGUGUCAGAGAGUAUUUCUGAUGUGCUAGAGAGAUGUCAGCUGUUACUGUUGGCGAUGAAAAAGUUUCCUAAUCUUGUGAAAGAACAUGGUCUCAAAUUAGUGGAGAUGUUGGUGAAAGAGGAGAUAAAUUCAAAUAUUGUCAACAAUCCAGUGAAUUGCUAUAGAAAAUUACUGGUUUGUGAUGUGAUGCCUCUAGUGCUUCAAAAAGGGGGUCAUUUAGAGGUCAACAUGUUUCAGUUGUAUCUCUGGCUGCAGAGAGCUACAGAGUUUUAUGUUAGUUAUGUUUCACAGUCACACACUCAUGAUUUAUCAGUUGAUGCAGAGAAUAGUAAAGGUCGUUCAAGUGGACUACCUGAUUCAGAAAUGCAAGUCGCAGACCCAUGGGGAAAUCUUUUAAAGCUACUUCUGUUGAUAGGUCAGAGGUUAAAAUGGGAUAUGGAAAGUGAUCUUGUAAAUAAAACUAAAGAGUAUCAAAUUCAGUCCCUACAACAUCAGCUGUUGAGAGUAAAACUUCAUGGUACUGAGGCUAACAAUAAACAAAUUCUUCACUCUGCUAUGGUCUUGUUUGUUCACUCAAUGGUCAGCUAUGUCAGCUAUGUAGAUGCUGAAUCAGCAGUUGUGUCUACCCAUCUUAUACCAGUGAUAUUAGUUGAGAAUGUGACAAACACCAAAGUUCUGUCUACCACCCCCUGUAAAGCCAAAAAGCCAAAACUGGAUCCUUCACUUCCAAAUAUACAUGCCUCACCUAACAUACCAGGAUCAGCAGCCAUACUUCAAGCUUUUGAAACUGCCUGCAAAUGUUAUGAAAUUCUCAAUUCAACAGAAGACAUGAAAUUUGAAUUCUACAAUCUUUGCCAAAACUGGAGAAAAGAAACUCAAACAAUGCUUGCGUACUUUCAAGCAGAUUUAGCCAUUUAUACGGGCAAUUAUGAAGAAGCAGUUACUCAAUUACAGACUUUGGCCUUAACAACUAAUGCUAAAAUGAAGAUGAGAAACAUUCUUCAACUAGCCUGUUGUUAUUUUUUUCUUAAGCAGUACUCGAAAUCCUGUGAACUUCUGAUUGACCUGAUAGAUACAAUCCCAGCCUCUUCUCCUAUUUCCUCUCUUUGGACAGCAGAGAACAGUCUAGAAGAUAAAUCUGAUACUGGUGUUCGCAGUCUUCUGUUGUUGCACUGUGUGGAAGGUGAAAUCUUACCUUUCUGUCUACAGUUCUUGAUUUUUGGGCUUAAGGAAAAGAUGAACAGCCCUCAGAGAACAGAUUCCAUCUUAGCCCACCUGAUCAUAUUGCUUCAGUUUGAUUGGCCAAAGCAGGAGUCUUUAUUUUGUCAAGUUAUUACAGCUAUACAAAAGCAGGGCAGUUUCACAUACAACACAUUUUUCUCUUAUGUACACCAAGUUGACAUUUUGGAGGAAUUUGCUUUCCUAGACACUGUAGAAGGGGGCAAAGUUAACUUGGAUAUUAUGCCAAUCAGCACCAAAGCAAUAGCUCAGCAAAGAACUGUGACCAGGGGAGUUAACAAGGGAGUUAAGGAGGAUUUUAAGGCUACAUUAGAGAAACAAGUAGGAAGUAUGAUGGAGCCAAGCCACGUGCUGAUUCGCAGAUUUCUUAAAGAGGAAAGGACAGAAAUAAUGGCCAACUUUAACUGAUACAAACAUUGAUUUUUAUUAAAUUUUCAUGUAUUUUUUUCAA